AUGGUUGCGGCCAUGAGGCAUGAAAUAUUUUACUGAGAUAAAAGGCUUCAAAUAGACAAUUCGAUAACUAUUUUUAAUUCUGUUUUCGAUAAUUAGUUAUUUUGUGGCACAAUCUAUCUGUGAUUCAAAUGGCAGACGGCGAAGGAGAAGGAAAGCGAUUGUUGGCUCAGUUGAAGGCUGAGAAUGGCGAUCCACUAGGUGCCCCAUUUGAUCUACCAGUUGCUAUCACCACUGACAAACUGCAAUUGAUAUGUAAUGCAUUGCUACAAAAGGAACAAACUACGCCAUAUUCUUUCUUCGUUGAUGAUAAGGAAAUCACCUCUAGUUUAGAUGAAGCGUUGGACAAAGAUGCACUCGAAAGUUCAGAGAAAGUCAUUGAAAUUGUUUACCAACCCCAGGCUGUGUUUAAGGUUCGAGCAGUCACAAGGUGUACCAGUACGAUAGCUGGACAUGCAGAGGCUGUGAUUGCAGUAGCGUUUAGUCCUACAGGAAGGCAUUUGGCUAGUGGUUCUGGGGACACAACUGUUCGAUUCUGGGAUGUAAAUACAGAAACUCCACAAUUCACAUGCAAUGGCCACAAGCAUUGGAUAUUAUGUAUAGCUUGGUCACCAGAUGGGAAGAAAUUAGCAUCUGGAUGUAAAAAUAGUCAAGUGUGUAUAUGGGAUCCAACUACAGGGAAACAGCUAGGCAAAAACUUAGCUGGUCAUUUAAAGUGGAUAACGUGGUUGACGUGGAAACCUUUACAUUUAGACCCAGAAUGUAGAUAUUUAGCAAGUUCUUCCAAGGAUGGGACAGUGCGGAUAUGGGACACAGUGCUGCAGCAGUGUAAAUUUGUUCUUGCCGGCCAUCUCCAGUGUGUCUCGUGUGUGAAAUGGGGUGGUAGUGAUCUUCUUUAUACGGCGUCACAAGAUAGAACGGUCAAAGUGUGGAGAGCUGAAGAUGGUGUAUUGUGUCGAACGUUACAAGGGCACGGACACUGGGUGAAUACAUUAGCUUUGAGUACAGACUAUGUCCUAAGAACUGGUGCUUUUGAUCCAGCAAAUGCAACGAUAGUGCCCCAAGAUGUCUCCAGCAAAUCAGAUGACGACCUGAAGACUAAAGCAUUAGAAAGAUAUAACGCAGCCAAGGGCUCUGACCCUGAAUGUCUCGUGUCUGGUUCCGAUGAUUUCACCAUGUAUCUCUGGCACCCGGAAACUGAGAAGAAGCCAGUAACACGGAUGACAGGUCAUCAGCAGCUCAUUAACGAGGUCCAGUUCUCACCAGAUACCAGGCUCAUCGCCAGCGCUUCGUUUGAUAAAUCGGUCAAAUUAUGGGAUGGUAAGACAGGAAAAUAUCUUGCAUCACUACGAGGUCACGUGAGUCGUGUUUACCAAAUAGCAUGGUCAGCCGAUAGUCGUCUGCUCUGUAGCGGUAGUUCAGACUCCACGCUGAAAGUUUGGGACUUGAAGACGAAGAAGUUACUGCACGAUCUACCAGGUCAUGCUGAUGAGGUAUACGCAGUGGACUGGAGUCCCGAUGGCCAAAGAGUAGCCAGUGGUGGAAAGGAUAAAGUACUCAAAUUAUGGAGACGAUAAAGCAGCCCACCUCUAGAGAGUUGGAUGUUUCAAAGGCAAUUUUCUGUCAACAAACAGCGCUGGCAGAAGUUUCAGAUACCUUGAAAACCUUCCACAGUGGAAAACAAAAUUGAAUUCCUCUGUAGACUAAGUACUGAAGAUGUGAAAGAAUAAACAAAUGUUUUAUGAAAA